AAAAAUUGUAAUAACGUGGGAAUUGAAAAGAACAGACGCGGAGGUUACCGGCGGAAGGAGAAGAGAUUACUCCGGUCAACUUUUCUUAAUCCCCAAGUCAAUAAAAAGCUUUUUGAAGCUGCGAUGGCUAACGGUGACGGCGACUCUCACGAUUUUGUCUCUCUACUCCCUUCUUCUGACAGGGAUUACCUCAUUCGGAACACCGGUGAUCAGGUAAAAAUUGACAGCUUGAAGGGGAAGAAGCUCGGUUUGUACUUUUCAGCAUCGUGGUGUGGCCCUUGUCAACAUUUCACCCCAACUUUAGUGGAGGUUUACAGUGCUCUUGCUCCGAAAGGUGACUUUGAGAUUGUCUUUUUAUCAUCUGAUGAAGAUGAUGAAUCCUUCCAAGAGUAUUUUUCCAAGAUGCCAUGGCUUGCAGUCCCAUUUUCUGAUUCCGACACACGUGAUCGCUUAAAUGACCUUUUUAAGGUUCAGGGGAUACCUCACCUUGUGAUCCUUGACGAAAGUGGCAAAGUCGUAAGUGAAAGUGGCACUGAGAUUGUUCGCGAGUAUGGAGUUCAAUGUUAUCCUUUUACUGCUGAAAGGAUUAAAGAACUAAAAGAGCUCGAGGAAGAAGCUAGAAGGAACCAAACUUUGAAAUCCAUCUUGGCCUUUGAAUCUCGUGAUUAUGUUAUUUCAUCUGAUGGAAAGAAGAUACCAAUCUCUGAACUUGAAGGGAAAACCAUUGGUAUAUACUUCUCAUUGUCUUCAUACAAAUCAUGUGUUGAUUUUACUUCCACACUUGCUGAAGUUUAUGAGAAAUUGAAAUCCAAUGGGGAGGACUUUGAGGUUGUCUUUGUAUCACUUGAUGAUGAUGAGGAAAGUUUCCAGCAAUCCUUAGGAAACAUGCCUUGGUUAGCGUUGCCUUUCAGUGACAAGUUUUCUCAGAAAUUGGUUCGGUACUUUGAGCUCUCAAAUGUGCCCACUCUGGUUAUUAUUGGGCCAGAUGGAAAAAAUCUCAAUUCCAAUGUUGUUGAAGCCAUCGAAGAACAUGGAAUUCAGGCAUACCCUUUCACCCCUGAAAAGUUUGCAGAGCUUGCUGAGAUUGAGAAAGUAAGAGAAGCUGCUCAAACCCUUGAAUCCGUUCUGGUUUUGGGGGAGCAUAAUUUUGUCAUUGGGAAAGAUGGAGCAAAGAUUCCCGUGUCUGAUCUAGUUGGUAAGAACAUCCUGCUAUAUUUUUCAGCACAUUGGUGUCCUCCAUGUCGUGCCUUUCUGCCGAAACUCAUCGAUGCUUACCAUAAGACCAAGGCUAAGGAUUUUGCAUUUGAAGUAAUUUUCAUCUCUAGUGAUAGGGACCAGGCUUCUUUUGACGAUUUCUUUUCGGAAAUGCCAUGGCUGGCAAUUCCCUUCGGAGACGUGCGGAAGGCAUCUCUGAGUCGCAAAUUCAAGGUCCAAGGUAUUCCUAUGCUUAUAGCUCUGGGACCAACAGGCCAAACGAUCAAUAAAGAUGCCAGAAGCCUCAUCACACUUUUUGGUGCUGAUGCUUUUCCCUUCACCGAGGAGCAUUUGAAGAAGAUCGAAGCAAAAUAUGAAGAGAUGGCAAAGGAGUGGCCUGAGAAGAUAAAACAUGAACUUCAUGAGGAGCAUGAGCUAGUUCUUUCACGCCGACAGGUUUUUACAUGUGACGGAUGUAACGAAGACGGAAAUAUAUGGUCAUUCUACUGUGAGGAGUGUGACUUUGAUCUUCAUCCAAAAUGUGCCUUAAAAGAAAACAAGGAAACCGAAGAUGGCGAACCGGUUACGAAAGAGGGAUGGGUAUGCGACGGGAAGGUCUGUCACAAAGUCUGAUAUAGCGGUGGGUCAACCGAGUUAUAACUAUCAUAUACAGAUAUAUCCAUAUGGAUCUUUCCUUUUGCUUGAUUAUCUUAUUUGUGUUUUGUAACCUGACAGAGAUUGCUUUGUUUAUGUAUUCAGAGACAUCUCUUAGGGUGAAUUAUAUCUAUUACCUUACUAUCAAUAAAUUUUCAUGUCCUGCAGAAA